GUCGCAGUGUGGUGUUGUCUCCCGUCCGCUGGGUGUCGCGAGCGAGCGCGGGUUUCUUAUGCGCGCUUCCGCUCUCCGCCGGCCGCCAUCAUCAUCGCGCUUCUGUCAUUGCAGCGGUUUGAUCCUCGAACAGUAAGAGCAGAGAGAUGGCAGGUCGCCGUGCAGCUGUGAAGGCCAUCGAUUGGGUGGCUUUUGCGGAGAGGAUCCCACCGAACCAGAGGGCCAUGUUCAACAGCUUGAAGACCCGCAGUGACUCCAUCGCAGCCAAACUUUCAUCCUUGCCAGCGAAAGCAGCUACCAUCGAUUGGAGUCACUACAGGAGUGUUGUGGCCAAAGCAGGCAUGGUGGAUGAGUUUGAGAAGAAGUUCGCUGCAUUGACGAUCCCUGAGCCAGUGGACACUCAGACAGCAAAGAUUGAUGCCCAGGAGCAGGAAGCUAGCAAAACCGCAGCUGCUUACUUGGAAGCAUCUAAAGCUCGUAUUGCAGAGUAUGAGAAGACUCUUGAGAAGUUCAGGAACAUGAUUCCUUUCGAUCAAAUGACCAUAGAAGAUCUCAACAACACCUUCCCGGAAACCAAGCUGGACAAGGCAAAGCAUCCAUACUGGCCGCACAAGCCUAUCGCCGACCUGUAAUUUAUUAGCAGCACCCAGAGCUUCAGUCAUGUGUCUUUCAGUCUGAGGUUGCUCUGUAUAGUCUGCUGAAGUAAUGCUUCUGCUGUAGAAGUGAUUCCAAUCGUGAAAUGACUCAUUACUGUUUUAUUUGUGGAGGAAAAUAAAAAAAUAAAUUGUUUAAAUAAUGA